AUGUCGAAUAUGUCGGGGAGUGGGAUUAAUUCGAAGGCCGACUACGUCCCUGAGAAGGAAAUUGCAACUACGUCGGAUUAUACACACGAUGGACCAGUGGAUGGAGAGCUCGUCAAUGCGUCAGGGCAUCGCCAAGAACUUGAGCGGAACUUCGGCCUCAUUAGUAUCUGUGCGGUGGCCGUGACCACUGGAAACACAUGGAUUGCCCAAGGUGGUAGUGUUGUGGUGGCUCUCAGCAACGGUGGACUUGCAGGAACUAUCUAUGAAUUUAUUGCUGUGUCGAUCUGCUACUGGUUAGUCGCUGCAUCGAUUGCCGAAUUGGCAUCCGGUAUGCCCUCAGCCAGUGGUGUAUACCAUUGGGCGACUAUCACUGCGGGAAACAAGUACGGUCGCGUGUGCGGAUUUUAUGCUGGAUGGUGGAACUGCUUGGCUUGGGUCCUCGGCGCUGCAUCGAUGUCUUUGAUUCUGGCUCAGCAGACCGUGGCCAUGUAUGCACUGAUGCAUCCCGGCUUCGCACCCUCGCAAUGGAACGUUUUUGUCAGCUUCCUCCUCUGCACCUGGACUUGCUGCUGCAUUGUGCUGUUUAUGAACCGCUUCCUACCGUAUAUUGGAAACCUCGGCAUGUUCUUCAUUCUCGCUGGUGUGUUUGUUACCAUCGUCGUGUGCGCUGUGAUGCCUCAUGUCAACGGCUCCGGAUACGCCACCGACAAGCUUGUGUGGGCAACUUGGGAGAACGGAACCGGCUAUUCCCAGCAAGGAUUCGUCUUUGUAGCUGGUAUGCUCAACGGUGCUUACAGUGUCGGGACCCCUGACUGCUCAUCUCACUUGGCUGAGGAGAUCCCCAAACCGAGCCGAAAUAUCCCCAAGGCAAUCCUGGCUCAGAUGGGUGUCGGUUUCAUCACUGGUAUCUGCUACAUGAUCGCAAUCUUCUACUCCAUUAACAACCUGGACGCGGUGCGCGACCCCAGCACCUUCUUCCCCCUGGCUGAGAUCUAUCGCCAAGCCACUGGCUCCCAUGGCGGUGCUCUGGGUCUCCUGGUCGUCGCUUUCCUGCCUACUUUCAUCACUGCCUGCGGUUGCUACAUCACCGCCGGCCGUACCCUCUGGACCAUUUCUCGUGACGGUGCCACUCCAUUCGCGGGAUGGCUUGGACGAAUCAGCCCCAAGUUCAAGAACCCCUUCAACGCUACCCUGGCUUGCUGUGGCGUUAUUACCGUCCUGGCGUGCAUCUACCUUGGCUCAACCACCGCCUUCAGCGCCUUUGUGGGAUGCUUUGUGCAGUUGUCCAGUCUUUCGUAUUUCAUGGCCAUCUUCCCUCACAUCUUGACCCGGCGCUCAUCCUUUGUCCCUGGAUACUUUUUCAUGAACAACAAGAUUGGCUACGUCGUCAACUCCCUGGCUUGUGCUUAUAUCAUCGUUUUCGCUAUUAUCUUCUGCUUCCCUUACGCCCUACCUACUGAUGCCGCAUCGAUGAACUAUGCCAGUCUGAUGACUGGUGGUCUGUCCAUCUUCGUUACUGUCUGGUGGUUCAUCCACAAGGACUCCUACUCCCCUUUAAUUAGGAACCCUGCUACAACACCUACUGAAAUUUCUGAAGAGUCCAGUCGUCCUACCAAAAAACCCCGCCUCGAAGAUGAACCAGCACCCAAGGACGUGCAGUCGACACCAUUAGCCAGUCGAAAGCCCCUCUUACAAGUCAACAAUCGAGGAUCAGACAGUACGACACAGUCACCAUCUGGCGAAUCGAUCAAAGAUGAUACAUCCAACGAAAGAUACUUCAAUGUUCUUUGGCGUAAACCAAGCGCUAAAAAGCACAAAACAUGGGACGGAGAUGGAAUUCUCUCUACCCGGGGAGAAUUCGUGUAUCUACGAGACAUCAGCGGGAAAGAAAUGGGACGGAAGAUGCACGAAGCCCGCCUCGAGCCGGGAACGACACUGUCUAUAUCCGGAAAAGAGGUUGAAAUAGACUCGGAGAUGUCGCGGAAGGAAUACCUCUCCGGCAGAAGGUUCCUGGAAGGCACGAAACCAGCACCUAACCCCACGCCCGACCCGGUGCCUGCAUCGAAGGAAGAAGCCCUCCCCACUCGAAAGAAGGGUGAAGUACGCAAGCCCACGGCUGCCGAGCGGACACAGUCCCUCAAGCGCUCAUUGGCCCUAGUUACAAAUCCUAAUGCGAACCCUGGGAAUGCACCGGCGGCGUUUGCCGCUUACAAGGCGCCGCUGCUUGUCGACACGGUUGCUCCCAAAGCUGCGGGGAAGGUUGUUCCGCGACAUGACCCCAAGGCGGUUGGUGCGUUGGUUAUGCCGCGGCCAAAGUCUGUGCCGAAGGGAAGGCAAGUUGUGGAUGUUGUUGUUGAUCCUCUCUUGACCAAGAGCUUGCGGCCGCACCAGCGUGAGGGUGUUAAGUUCUUGUAUGAGUGUGUGAUGGGCAUGCGGUCAUUCAAUGGUGAAGGUGCCAUUCUCGCGGAUGACAUGGGCCUCGGAAAGACUUUGCAGACUAUUGCCCUGCUUUGGACUCUGCUAAAGCAGAAUCCUGUUUUUGAAGCCCCACCUGUUAUCAAGAAGGCAUUGAUUGUCUGUCCUGUCACUCUUAUCAACAACUGGCGAAAGGAGUUCCGCAAGUGGCUCGGCAAUGAGCGCAUUGGAGUUUUUGUCUUUGAUGAUAAGAGUAAGCGCCUUACAGAUUUCACCAAGGGCCGGUCUUACAGUGUUAUGAUUGUUGGAUAUGAAAAGCUCAGAACGGUUCAGGAGGCUUUGGCGAAUAGUUCUGGAGUCGAUAUCAUUAUCGCGGACGAGGGCCAUAGGCUCAAGACAUUGCAGAACAAGAGUGGUCUAGCGAUCCAGUCGCUCAGCGCCGUGAAGAGAGUCAUUCUCUCCGGCACGCCAAUUCAAAAUGAUCUGAAAGAGUUCUUUGCAGCCGUGGAUCUUGUUAAUCCAGGGCUCCUGGGAAGUUUCAAGUCCUUUAUUCGAGAGUUCGAGACCCCAAUCGUUCGCAGCAGACAGCCAGAAGCAACAAGAAAGGAGAUUGAAAAAGGAGAGUCCAGAAGCGAGGAGCUGCGAGAACUUACAUCGAAGUUUAUGCUCCGCCGAACAGCAGAUAUCCUGGCCAGAUACCUCCCCCCAAAGUCCGAAUACGUUCUCUUCUGCAAACCAACCCGUCCUCAAGCAAACGUCUACAAAGCUGUCCUCGCCUCCCCUAUCUUCCAGACCGCAAUGGGCAACGCAGAAAGCGCCCUGCAGUUAAUCACAAUCCUCAAAAAGCUCAGCAAUAGUCCCUCUCUCUUAACAGCUAAAAACAACGACGACACCCCAAACGAAACAAUGGCCGCUCUCAUAGCCUCUAUCCCCCAACCCCUCCACCGUCACCUUUCUCCAUCCUCUAGCGCAAAAAUUCGCGUCCUUGACCAACUCCUUGACACAAUGCGCAACAAGACAGACGAGAAAAUAGUGCUCGUCUCAAACUACACCUCAACCCUAUCCCUCCUCGCAACCCUCCUCACCUCCCUAGGCCUCCCUUAUCUCCGCCUUGACGGCAGCACACCGGCCCAGAAACGGCAAGGCCUAGUAGAUGACUUCAACCGUCUCCCAGCAUCCUCGUGCUUUGCCUUUCUGCUCUCUGCAAAAGCAGGCGGAACAGGUCUCAAUCUGAUCGGCGCGAGCCGUCUUGUCCUCUUCGAUGUAGACUGGAACCCGGCAACGGAUAUCCAGGCCAUGGCGCGCAUCCACCGCGAUGGCCAAAAACGUCCUUGUCGCAUUUACCGCAUUCUGCUCAAAGGCAGUCUUGAGGAGAAGAUCUGGCAGAGACAGGUUACCAAACUUGGUCUUGCGGACAGUGUCAUGCAAGAUAAGAGUAAUGGUGGUGCCCAGUUCUCGGCUGCUGAGCUGAGAGAUUUGUUCAGGCUCGAUGAGGACAGAGCUUGCCAGACGCAUGAGUUGUUGGGUUGUCGGUGUGGCGGACGCGGAGUUCAGGCUGAUCUCGAGACUUCUUCGUCUGGUGCCGCGACGCCUGCUACUGUUGAUGGUGGGAAUGGAUCUGAAGUUGAUGAUUUGUCGGAUCCUCCUUCUGACUUUGAUGAUGAUGAAGGUGAUUAUGACUCGGAUGAAUCGCUGCCGAAACCUCACACUCUUCUCAAAGCUUCUGAGGUCGACAUGGAGAGACAAGAACAGUCCAUCCGAAACGGCUCGUAUCGUGCUAAGAUGACUAGGAAGGGGAAGAAAGGCACGGAAGAGAAGGAACGGGAUUCUAGGAGCAAAAAAGAUACAAUGCACCAGUCUUUGGCUCAGUACGCGCACAUUGACCCAACUCUGCUUGCGGCCGAGGCCGAUUCUAAUGUCGGGGCUGGGGCUGAGGAUGUGGAGCUUGAAGCUGCCAUUGAUGACGAUGUGCUGGUUUCUAUGCUGAAAGAUGAGUGUAACUUGAUUGGGUAUGUUUUCAAGAAGACUAAUGGGGCGGAAAUCAAGAGUUAG